AUGUCUCCUUGCAGUGCCAAGCUCAGCCCUGCAACCAUGGACCCGCCCAAAAUGACAGUGGAAGAGCUUGAGGAGGCCAAGCAUCAACCGCUGCAUCGCUUCGGAGACCAGGCGCACCAACAAAAGCUGACGCGGCGUAUCUUGUGGAAACUGGACACGCGCAUCUUGCCCAUGUUGGCCCUAUUGUUUCUCUGCUCAUUUCUGGAUCGGACCAACGUGGGCAAUGCCAAAAUUAUCGGGCUGGAGAAGGACAUCAACAUCACCGACCAUCAAUAUGACAUUGGUCUCACGGUGUUCUACCUCACCUAUAUCUGCAGUGAGAUACCCAGCAAUCUUGUGCUCAAGAAAGCAUCACCGAAACUCUGGCUUCCUUUUCUGACCACCGUCUGGGGUAUUAUCACCAUGUGCCUCGGGUUUGUGCAGAACUUUGCCGGGUUCGUGGCUGUGCGUGCUCUUCUUGGGUUUGCAGAGGGCGGUCUUCUCCCAGGAAUGGUGUUAUACUUAUCUACUUUUUAUCGACGAGGGGAUCUGGCCUUACGGAUUGGUCUCUUCUACACGGCUGCGUCGUUGUCGGGUGCCUUUGGUGGCCUCCUCGCUCGUGGACUGGCGGAAAUAGGCCCUCGCGGUGGGAUUGAAGGGUGGCGCUGGAUCUUGAUCAUCGAAGGACUACUGACCUUUGUCUGCGGUGUCCUGAGUUAUUUCGUUCUCCCUAAUACGGUUGGUACCGCACCCUUCUUGACCGCAGAAGAACAGGAAUUCGGCCAAGAGAGGUUGAGACUGGAUAACCCCAAGACGACAGAAGGCACGGCGAUGGCCGAGCAAGGCUCAUUCAGAUGGUCAGAAGUCCGUCGAGGUGUUUUAAGUGUGCAGGUGUGGCUUUCUGCCACGGCAUACUUUGCCAUUCUUUCUGGCUUAUAUUCUUUCGGGUUGUUUUUACCAACCAUUAUUCAAAAUCUCGGAUUCGCCAAAGACGCCAACGAGGUCCAGCUAUGGUCUGUGAUACCGUAUGCGGUUGCAGCUGUUCUCACCGUGUUUGUGGCCGUCAUCUCUGAUCGCCUCCACCUUCGAGGUGUGGUCAUGCUCAUUACGCUGCCUAUUGCCAUCGUCGGCUAUGCCGCCAUCGCCAACAUCGAUUCCCCUCGCGUCCAGUAUGGCAUGACCUUCCUGAUGGCAACAGGCAUGUACGCCAGCGUCCCGUGCAUUCUGGUGUGGCUGUCGAACAAUUCCGCCGGGCACUACAAACGAGCUACAACGUCGGCACUGCAGUUGACGAUUGCGAAUUGUGGAGGCUUUGUGGCGACAUUCAACUAUCCCUCUCGGGACGGCCCGCAGUUUCAUCGGGGGCAUACCAUCAUUCUUGGUCUGUUGGUGUUUGCGUGGUUUAUGAUCUUGUUUAAUGUGCUCUACUGUGCCAAGGUCAACCGGGAUAAGAGAAACGGGAAGUAUGAUCAAUUUGCCGGAUAUAAUGAUGACCGCAACCCGAAAUUUAUGAUGGUGCUAUGA